AUGGAGACGCCGGUGGCGAUGAGCAUCGACUCGUGCCCAAAGAAAUUCGAUGCCAUCACCAGAGCAUACAACGGCCGUACAUACGCGUUCGCCGGUCCCAAGGUGUACCAAGUAUGGUACGAGAACAAUUUGCCGCAAAAGGCGUCGUUCGACGUGUCUGAAAUGUUUCCGGGUGGCCCAAAGGAAGUGUCGGCCGUGCUGUCGAAUUCGCGAAGUGGCGUCACGACACUGUUCGACGGGCGCACCGAGUACCGUUUCCGGUGGAACAAAAAGGCGCAGAGGUUCCAUAUGACCAAGACGAGAUCACCGCAGAACCUGUCGCAGAACAUCACGGUGACCCCGAAUUUGGCGUUCGAGUGGUUUGAUGGGAAUCAGGUAAUCGCCCAGGACAGACGGUUUGCCAUUUUCGACGCCUACUGGAAUCUCUCGACGUUUGAGGGCGAUUUGAAGAGAUACUUCCCGAAUCUGCCCCGUGAUCUGAUCGGCGUCAUCUACAAUGGGGGCGAGACGGCACUUCUCUACACGCGCAGCAAUAAAUUGAAGGUCUACCACACGAAGAAGUACCGCAUCGUCCAGGAGUACCCGGUGAAAAUCGGCGAAUUUGUUGGGUGUCUA